UGUAGUUCUCUCUCUUUUUAUUAAACUGUGCCAUCUUCAUUUUUGCGCUCUCUAGUCAUUUUAAAUAAGAUGGUAAAUUAAAUUAAUAUGACAAAGAAUCAAAUGACUGCAGUUUACAAUCAUGGGGACUUGCUUUAAAAAUGCUUGCAAUUCUUUUGGCCUCACAUGAACACAGAAUAUUUAUUAGAAAGUUGUAAUCUAUGUAAUGUGUGCUAUUUAGUGGUGCAAGAGAAAAUUACUUAAGCAAAAAGUUCAAAUGCUGAUUUAAAAACCCCACAGUAUGUGUAAAUUAUUGCCACAAUAAUUUUUUGUAAUACAAACAAUUAUAAAUGGUUGAUUUAAUUUCUGGCCAGACAGUGAAGUGUGGGGAUUCUUACUUUAGAAACUUAACUGGCUAGAUCAUUGAUACCUUAACUGCAAACAUUGAUACCUAUGCUUUAACUUUUUCAGGUAAGUAGAGCUAAGCAUGUGUGAAUAUUUUCAGAUUGGUACCCAGUUGUUUCUAGAACAUAGAAAGUUAAAUUUAAGGAAACCAACACUGUUUGCUCAGAACUGCUGUUUCCUAUUUCUGGUCUGUCAAUUUGAGAUUUUAUCUUUUAAAACUCCUUCAUAUACGUUUCACAGUCUUAUACUACUUUGCAAAUGAAAUUUUCAAUAAAAAGAUGCUAUCUGAUAACAGGUAUUGUUGUUUAUACUGUAUUUGAGUUUUUUUACUCUGCUCUAAUUUAGAUUAUGUGGAUAAGCCCCUGGAAAAGCCCUUGAAGCUGGUGCUUAAAGUUGGAGGAAGUGAGGUCACUGAACUGUCAGGAUCAGGGCAUGAUUCAAGUUAUUAUGAUGACAGGUCAGAUCAUGAGCGAGAACGUCACAAAGAAAAGAAGAAGAAAAAGAAGAAAAAGUCUGAGAAAGAAAAGCAUCUUGAUGACGAAGAGAGAAGGAAGAGAAAGGAAGAAAAGAAGAGAAAGAGGGAGAAAGAGCAGUGUGACACUGAAGGAGAAACAGAUGACUUUGAUCCUGGGAAAAAAGUGGAAGUUGAGCCACCUCCAGAUCGUCCAGUCAGAGCUUGCAGAACUCAGCCAGUGCACAACUGCUGAAAAUGAGAGCACACCGAUCCAACAAUUAUUAGAGCAUUUCCUUCGUCAGCUACAAAGGAAGGAUCCUCAUGGGUUUUUUGCUUUUCCAGUCACAGAUGCCAUUGCUCCUGGAUAUUCCAUGAUAAUAAAACAUCCCAUGGAUUUUGGCACCAUGAAGGACAAAAUAGCAGCAAAUGAGUACAAGUCAGUCACCGAAUUCAAGGCAGAUUUUAAACUGAUGUGUGAUAAUGCAAUGACGUACAACAGACCAGAUACUGUGUACUACAAGCUAGCCAAGAAGAUACUCCACACAGGCUUUAAGAUGAUGAGCAAACAGGCAGCUCUUUUGGGUGAUGAAGACACAGCUGUUGAGGAACCUGUUCCUGAAGUCGUUCCCGUACAAGUAGAGACUGCCAAGAAAUCCAAAAAGCCAAGUAAAGAAGUUAUUAGUUGCAUAUUUGAACCCGAAGGAAAUGCAUGCAGUCUGACAGACAGCACUGCUGAAGAACAUGUCCUAGCCUUGGUGGAGCAUGCAGCAGAUGAAGCUCGAGACAGGAUCAGCAGAUAUCUACCAAACAGCAAGAUGGGGUAUCUGAAAAAGAAUGGAGAUGGAUCUUUAUUAUUCAGUGUGGUCAAUUCAUCAGAUCCAGAAGCAGAAGAGGAAGAAACUCACCCAGUGGAUCUGAGUUCUUUGUCAAGCAAAUUGUUACCUGGCUUCACUACACUGGGCUUUAAAGAUGAACGAAGAAACAAAGUCACGUUUCUUACAAGUGCUAGUACGGCACUGUCAAUGCAAAACAACUCUAUCUUUCAUGAUCUGAAAUCAGAUGAAAUGGAACUGCUGUAUUCAGCAUAUGGUGAUGAAACUGGGAUACAGUGUGCCUUAAGUUUACAGGAAUUUGUGAAAGAUUCUGGAAAUUACAGUAAAAAAAUAGUGGAUGAUCUUCUGGAUCAGAUCACUGGUGGUGAUCAUUCCAAAACCAUUUAUCAGCUAAAGCAGAGGAGAAACAUUCCAGUGAAAGCACCAGAUGAAGUUAAAGUUUUGCCAGUUCUCAUAAAGGAAGAACACAGAUUGCGCAAUACUUGCCCAGACUCCUCCAAACAGAUUAUGGUUGGAGAAUCCAUUGGCGACAAUAACUCUUCUGUUUUGGAUUUUUUGUCUGUGAAACCAUAUUCAGACGUGUCUCUUGAUAUUUCCAUGUUAAGUUCACUGGGGAAAGUGAAAAAGGAACUUGAUCAUGAUGAUAAUCAUUUACAUUUGGAUGAAACAACUAAACUAUUGCAGGACCUUCAUGAGGCUCAGACUGACAGGGUGGGAUCCAGGCCUUCAUCUAACCUCAGCUCCCUCUCCAACACCUCUGAAAGAGAUCAGCAUCAUCUAGGAAGUCCUUCGCAUCUGAGUGUUGGAGAACAACAGGACAUGGUACAUGACCCCUAUGAAUUUCUUCAAUCUCCUGAACCUGCAAAUGCCACCAGUAAUUAAUGUGUAAAAUAUUUAUUUUUUUUCUUUUAAUUGUGUAACAUUUUUAUAAAGUUUUUGUCAAAUGGCAGAAACCUCAAUUUUAUCCUCUUUUCUGUGAGGAUAGCUGUAUAAUACUACCAUGCACAUUUGUAAAAUUUGUCUAGCUAGUGUAUCAUGUUGUCAACACCACUGCAAAUACUGCCUUCAUUUUUUUAAAAUAGUGGUGAAUAAAAAUGUCAAUAGGAAAAACACAAAUUGUGUAUUAUAGAACCAUAUUAGAUACAUAGGAUGUGUGCUGUUCUUAAUGCAUAGAACAUCCUUAAGGAGGAAUAUUUAUCUUUUAGCAAUGAUACAACUUCCAGAAUUGUGAUCAUUUUCAUGUUCCCACUCCCCUUCCAUUUUGUUCUGUAGAGUGGGACUGUGUUUUCUACAUGUUAAAGUAUUGUUUCUUAACACUUCAAAAACACUUAAUUUGGAAACAAGAAAGACUCUGUAGCUGUCAUAUCAAAUAGUUUACUAUACAAGUUCAGCCCUUCAGUUAAAUGGAGAAAGAAGUAUUGUGGUCCCUUUUACUGAUGAACAGUAAGGGGGCCAAAUACCUAAUUUUUUAAAAUGCAAUAUGUAUAUUUACUUAAAAUAUACUGGACAAAAGGGUAUGCUUUUAUGUAAUUAAGUUUUUGUAAUUCAGCGCUGACAUGACGGCUUUUUUAACAGUGAUAUUAUGUGUAAACUAGAUGAAUGUUAUGCAUUUACUAUAUUUUGUAAAUAUUAACAUAAUAAAAUCAUAUAAAAAUCUU